UUCCGUGUAUUGUGCAAUACACUAUUAUAAGACAUAAACCGUAAAUAGCAUAUUUGAAUUUUUUUUUUUUUUAGAUGAUCACGAUCGGGGAACGCAUUUGUCGAAUGCGAAAUCCGAGAAGACGGCCGACUUGACAACUCCGAAGGUAACUUUAAGUCAUCGCCUCGGUCACCAACUCGGUCGAACUCGAGGGCCACUUGGACGUGGUCUCGUCGCGACAUAACGCGUACGAAACGGAUGCGCGCGCUCAACCUCCGCACGCCGUCGCCGUCGCGACGCCAGCCCCCUCCUCGGCGACGACGCCGCCGCUGCCGUCCUUCGUCGGCAGAGACGACGUCGCUUUUCGUUCGCGAUUUCAGUUCUGUACGCGCGACGAGCCGUAGCCGAGCCACCCUCAGGGAGGUCCUCGUCACAUCCGCUUGUCGGUCGGUCACGGGGACGACGCGAAUCGGCAAUGAUGACGGACCGUCUAUGACGGCAUCGAGUGACACUACGAUGAUGAAGACCCGACCAUUCCGCCGAUGAUCUAUUCGCGAACACGGCGACGGGGAAAACGCCCUCUGCCUUCACGGCGCGUUCCCUGCCUGACCUGACCUUUCGCUGGAUACAGAAAGAGAAAGAGAGAAAGAGAGAGAGAGGGUUGAGGGUGGGAGAGAAUACGAAAGGAGUCGAGCGAGAGGACUCGUGCUCGUGCGAACGCAGGACGUAGCACGCAGGACAACAUAGUGCCUAUUGUGCGAGACCGUCUGUCACCUACGGUAUACCUUCGCGGAGCACCAUCACCAUCGUCGCAGCUCGGCGACAUGGAGAAUACGGGGAAUCGGAGCAGUGCCGUCGAGAUGUCGCGGAAGAUCUCCGAGACAUGAAGAGAGCGCGACCGAGGAUCGCAUGGGUUUCUUUAAGUCGGGGCCGGCGGUAGCAGAGCCGUGAUCAAAAUGAACUUGAUAAACAUGGACGCGGAGAACCGCGUGGUUCUGAACGUGGGCGGAAUCCGGCACGAGACGUACAAGGCAACCCUGAAGAAGAUCCCGGCGACGAGGCUCUCGAGACUGACCGAGGCCCUCGCCAACUAUGACCCGAUCCUCAAUGAGUACUUCUUUGACAGACACCCGGGUGUCUUCGCCCAGGUACUCAACUACUAUCGCACCGGGAAGCUGCACUACCCCACGGAUGUAUGCGGCCCGCUUUUCGAGGAAGAGCUUGAUUUCUGGGGUCUUGACUCGAAUCAGGUCGAGCCUUGCUGUUGGAUGACCUAUACACAGGCAAAGCACGAAAGAAAGCACACUCGAGAAAGAGUUUCGCAGGUACGAAUAACAAUCGUUGUUGCAUCUGUCUCUCUUCCCAUCCCCUUCGCCUCGACGCCCUUGCAGCACCGGGAUACGCAGGAAACGCUGACGGUCCUCGACAGGUUGGACCUCGACACCGAGAGGCCCACCGACGAGGAACUGGCCAGGAAAUUCGGUUUUGAGGAAGCGUACUACGAGGGAAGUCUCACGUGGUGGCAGAAGCUCAAACCUCAGAUGUGGUCACUUUUCGAUGAACCUUAUUCCUCCGUCGCAGCUAAGGUAAUCAGUAUAGUCUCCGUUUUCUUCAUCUGCGUUUCGAUACUUUCAUUUUGCUUGAAAACUCAUCCGGACAUGCGAGUGCCAGUGAUCGUGAAUCGUUCGGUAAAGAUUAACAACGAGACGUCCUGGGUGGUAGACAAGACUCGCACCAAUGCCCAUGAUGUCUUCUUUUACAUCGAAUGCGUCUGUAACGCCUGGUUUACUCUUGAGUUCUUGAUACGUAUUACCGCGAGCCCGAAUCGUUGCGACUUCAUCAAGAGCUCGGUGAACCUAAUCGACAUGGUCGCGACCUUGAGUUUCUACGUCGACUUGGCGCUGCAGCGAUUUGCGGCCCACCUGGAGAACGCUGAUAUCCUCGAGUUCUUGAGCAUCAUACGUAUAAUGAGGCUGUUCAAGCUUACUCGCCACUCUUCGGGCCUGAAGAUCCUGAUACAAACCUUUCGCGCCUCGGCAAAGGAGCUCACGUUGCUGGUGUUCUUCCUCGUCCUCGGUAUUGUCAUCUUCGCUAGCCUUGUGUACUACGCGGAGCGCACCCAAUACAAUCCGAAGAACGACUUCAAGAGCAUACCCCUUGGUUUGUGGUGGGCCCUGGUGACGAUGACGACCGUCGGUUACGGGGACAUGGUGCCGAAAACGUAUAUCGGGAUGUUCGUCGGCGCGCUCUGCGCAUUGGCCGGUGUCCUCACGAUCGCCCUGCCGGUGCCCGUGAUCGUUAGCAACUUUGCGAUGUAUUACAGUCACACGCAGGCGCGAGCCAAACUACCGAAGAAGAGACGCCGUGUAUUACCAGUCGAACAGCCACGUGUAAGGGCACCCGGCGCGCCGCCCGGCGUGGCCGGCGGGCCUGGGACCGUCGGGCCCCCAGGCUGCGGCCAGCAAAUAUCGCACUUGCAGUCCACCGGGGGCACGGUUACCACUGGGCCCCACGGCCUCGGCAUGGGCCAAACGCCCGGCGUCGGAUGCACUGGCGGCGGCCAAGGACCGCAGAAUCGGAGAAUGAACGCCAUUAAGACGAAUCAUCCCAAGGAUCCGUUCGCCACGAAAACAGUGGGUUGCAGAGGAAGACCGGAGGAAUUGUAACCUACGAACCAACGGGACCAAGAGAGCCGGAGGUUUGGAUUAACCAUUUGCGGUCGUAGCGUGCUCAGACAUGGGUAUCUCUCACAACUGGUCGGAAUUAUUUUGGAGCGAACGACGCGGCGUGUAUACACCUAUAAUCAAAGAUUGUCCUGUAAAAUCCCGUAAAUUCCAUUAGGCAUGCUUUGGCAAGGGAAAAAAGAAAAAUGUAAAAACGAUACCUCGCUGCAUCGAAGCAUCACGGCUUCCGUUGCCCAUUUUCAACGGCUAGGCAAAAAAUAAACACUGCCGGCGAAGCGUGGCGGCUGAGACCCGACAACCGAAACGGUAGAUACGUAUGAUUUCGAAUUAUACGACAGCGACGUCGCCGACGACGACAUCGAAGUAACCGCUGCAGUUCACCACUGUCGUCGAAUUGUCUUCAUUAUAUUACCGCUAAUUUUCUUAUCGUUAUCAUUAUGAAUUACGAAUUAUAAUUAUUAUACACGACGUAUAUAUAUAUAGAUAUAUGCGAAAUAGCUUGUAUAAAAGGAAGACUAACGCGAUCUUGACUUCUUCGGAGGCAAGAUGACGAGCACACGUUUCUUCUAGAAGAGCAAUUCGAGGUGAUGUUGUCAUCGUCGACAUUAUUAUUGUAUUAACGACAUUAUAAUUUAUUCUUGUAACGUCAUUAUUGUUAUCGCUAACGAUUGCCGUGAUUGUCGUCGGCGCCUUCCGCAGCGGAAGCUACCAUCGUACAUACAUUAUAUAUAAAUAAUCGUUCUACCGCUAAUCUCGCGUUUGGGGAAAUCUCGACGUGAGAAAUCGGUGCCCCGUGAUUAAUACACUGCGUAUUGUAGCCGAUGAUCGUGACGGGUAAUCGAAUAAGAGAAAAAAAAAAGAAGCGGGACACAAAGGCGUAUGUAUAUAUAUAUAUGUAUAUAUAUAUAUAUACAUAUAUCACUAUAUCGAGAGUUGUGCGCUGCGUUUACGAUUUAAGCUAGUUCAUUUGUAAAUAAAAACUAUUUGACUCUUUGA